GAUAAUAUUACUGCUACAACCCGUCAUACUGUAGAAUGCACCAAUGCCUCUCAAGAUCAAAGUAUCGGAGACUAAGGUAUAGAGAUAUGUUCGACACCCUAUGUUUAUACAAUUUGAAACUAUUUUUGUAUUUACUUUCCUUUGAAAAACAUAUUUGCGCUGAUAAUUCAAGAAUGUAUUUGCAGGGAUUUUGUGUCUCAAAACGUAAAAGAAAAACUUUUUGACCUAGCUAAUUUUCCCAUAUUUCUUGCACUUAUUCACUAAACAAUGAUUUUGAUGAGCUGGGGAACAUACUGCAACAUUUAGAAUAAUAUAACUGAGUUGGGAAGCAGUUUGCAUCAAAUAAUGCAAUCAUGUUGUUUAAUAAGUCAUAGUAUAAUAAUCUCAGGUUUAAUGGGGUAAAUGAUUAUUCUGGUUCUGUCAGAUGUAUUCACCAAUGAUUGAAUUGUCCAGAAAUUCAAAUUUUAUGUCAGAAAAACUGAUCUAAAACCAUAGCUGAGAGUUUAAAAUUUUACCAAUUUGCUGUUUUAGAUUACAACUCUUUUGUGAAUUUACUUUGAAUUCCCAACAAAUUACACAAUCGUGAAUAACCAUACCUGUUUGCAUUUAAUUACUACUUUAACCGAAAUUCUGCUUACGAUGCCAACUACCCCUUGGUAAUGUGACACCUAGCCCCUCUCCACCUUUCUUUAUCAAGCUAUGGCCUCUUGUCAUUCGUAUUCUCCAAAUAAAUCUCUUUAAAACUCUUUUAAAGCUUUAAAACAUAUGUUUUUACAUGGCUGACAAAAUAUUUCAUUUAUAAAGAAGCUUAAAGUUUAACUAGUUUUUCGUAAAAACUUAGCAUUAAGCCUACAAAAGCCUUUAGGGUGUAUUAGAAUUUCACAUAAAUAAGUAAUCACUUUGAAGUCCAGACAGCUUGAUUAAAAUCAGAAAACAGUCACUUCAUAUUAAUGUUAGAGUGACUCCUCAGUAUUUCUUUCUGGAUUUAUGAAUUAUUAGUGGCAUAAAAAGAUGUUACUGACAUUUCCAUUUUUUAUUUAAAAGUAUAAUCACAUUAAAAAAAAUGUAUUAUUUCUAAAGCAGAAACCUUCAAGACAUAUAUCUUAACAAACACAGCGAUUCCCACUCUAUAAAAACAUCUACCACCUAUACGGAGCAUUAAAAAAAAAAAAAGCUUCUAAAUACUAACUAUUGUUUCAAGCUACUAAAAAUGUUUAUGCCUUAACCCCUUCACUAGAGAGCAAAUUUUAAUUAAAAAAUACAUAUUAGCAUAACAUUUACUUGAAGCAAUUGAUGCAUAUCUAGCAUAUAAACAUAUAACACAGCAAUGUGUGCAGAUUGCUUGGUAGACACAUUUUCAAUUAAAAUUAUGCAUAUUUACACAAUUUUUAUUUUUCACUUAUUUGUUAUUCCUUUCUAUAUAAUAUUUUGACAACUAAAAGCUUUAGACUGCAUACAGAGUAAUUUGCCUUGCAAUAUUUAAUAGUAUAAAUGUAAAAGUAAAUUUUUUUAAAUGUAUAGUUAAUGUGAUAAAAAUGGUCAAAUAAAUUGUUUAUAGGUACUUACGAGGACAUUGAAGGCAUUACUUGCGUCUUACUAAAAAGGGAACAGCAUGUAAACAGAAAGUCUGCAUUUGAGUAUAAUGCCCACAUACAGUAAAUGCAUUUAAUAUAUUUCUAAAAUAAAGGUGUUUAAAACUGCUAUGCAAUCUUUAUUUGUAUUUAUUAAUGUUAGGCGGACAGUAAAAUGGUAGAGUCCAUUCUUCCCCCCCUGACACCCCAUCAUUGCCUGUAGAAAUUAUGACCCAUGGAAACUUCCUGUACUGUUUAAAAGCAGAGAGUGAACUUACAUUUUCAGUAAAUGUACAGGCAUUAUAUCAGUGACUAGUGACUUCUGGCAGAGGUGUUUGUUAUUUUACAGGUUUACAGGCAAUCAUGCAUAAAGUAUAAACUGUGGCAGAAAGGUCUGCCCAAAUUACUGGCUGGUCAGUCUGUCGUAAUUGCAUGCCAAGCUGCCUUUUAAUCAUUCAGGCUAGCUCCAGAAGGACAAACAAAAGACCUAUAUAGCGCGACCUAUAUAUUUUCUUUUGUUUGAUAUAGCGCGACCUAUAUAUUUUCUUUUGUUUAAUAUAGCGCGACCUAUAUAUUUUCUUUUGUUUGCCCUUUUAUGUGAGGAGUUGAGAGGGAACCUCAUUUUUAUAGGUUGCUGCUUCCUUAUCUGUUCUUCAACUUCUAUUGAUUUUUUAGCGCUGUCCCACUAUCCUGUUUUUUAACUAGCUCCAGAAGGAACACAAUUUGGGUUAGAGGCCUACCUGACAAUUCUACACCUAUUACUUCAUUUCAUUGCUAACACAAUUUUAACGACUGUCUAUAUUGUUGUUUUGUAUAUAAUGAAAAGGACCAAUUAAAUGAACACCAUCUCUUUACUUUAAAACAGGGAUUUUACUCACCUUUUUUAUGGUGCCGUGCCAUUCUCACUGUGGCUGGCCCUGCCUUGCUCAAGUUUGAUGACCUUAGACAAUAUAGGAAAGCAUUGGGAGGCAAUUGUACAUCUAGGCAAAAUGCCGUACUGUGCAUCUUUAUGAAGAACAUUCAGCGUUUCCAUGUAUAGCAUGGAGACGCUGAACAACUGUGCUGCACACUAUGCAGCACUGACCAAGGAAGCACCUCUAGUUGCCAUCUGAGUGACAGCUACUAAAGGUGUUAAUAGGUAGUAAUGUUAACACUGCCUUUUUUCUUAAAAAGCCUGCAGGGACAUGAAAUAAACAUCAGAACAACUUCAUUUAUAUACUGUAGUUGUUUUGGUUAUUAGUAUGUUCCUUUUAUUAUUCUGACCCCGCUACUAUACUCUAUCAGGGUAUUUCUGUGCAUCUUAUAUUUUUUUAGCCUUGGGGCCGUUGGCCUGUUGGUCCUUGGGGUGGAUGUGCUGUCUACAUUUGCUGCAGCAAGCUGGCCUCAGUGGCCGGUGCUUACCACUCCUCACCUUUUUUUGGUUGAAAUAUAUAUUGCUAUACAUAAGUUUUCCCAAUAAAAUAAUGGAUGCCAAAAUGUAUUUUGCUACUUCUAGCAUCCUCAGUUGGCUGUCUUCACUACUUCAAGCUUCCUCAGCAAAAUCAUUUUUGCAUUCAUUAUUUUAUUAGGACAGCGUGUCUAUGUGCAAUAUACAGUGCUCAAAAAAAUAAAGGGAACACUUAAGCAACACAAUGUAACUCCAAGUCAAUCACACUUCUGUGAAAUUAAACUGUCCACUUAGGAAGCAACACUGAGUGACAAUCAAUUUCACAUGCUGUUGUGCAAAUGGGAUAGACAACAGGUGGAAAUUAUAGGCAAUUAGCAAGACACCCCAAUAAAGGAGUGGUUCUGCAGGUGGUGACCACAGACCACUUCUCAGUUCCUAUGCUUCCUGGCUGAUGUUUUGGUCACUUCUGAAUUCUGGUGGUGCUUUCACUCUAGUGGUAGCAUGAGACGGAGUCUACAACCCACACAAGUGGCUCAGGUAGUGCAGCUCAUCCAGGAUGGCACAUCAGUGCGAGCUGUGGCAAGAAGGUUUGCUGUGUCUAUCAGCGUAGUGUCCAGAGCAUGGAGGCGCUAAGAGGAGACAGGCCAGUACAUCAGGAGAUGUGGAGGAGGCCCUGGGAGGGCAACAAUACAGCAGCAAAACCGCUACCUCUACCUUUGUGCAAGGAGGAACAGGAGUAGCACUGCCGGAGCCCUGCAAAAUGACCUCCAGCAGGCCACAAAUGUGCAUGUGUCUGCUUAAAUGGUCAGAAACAGACUCCAUGAGGGUGGUAUGAGGGCCCGAUGUCCACAGGUACUUACAGCCCAACACCGUGCAGGACGUUUGGCAUUUGCCAGAGAACACCAAGAUUGACAAAUUUGCCACUGGCGCCCUGUGUUCUUCACAGAUGAAAGCAGGUUCACACUGAGCACAUGUGACAGACGUGACAGAGUUUGGAGACGCCGUGGAGAAUGUUCUGCUGCCUGCAACAUCCUCCAGCAUGAUCGGUUUGGCAGUGGGUCAGUAAUGGUGUGGGGUGGCAUUUCUUUGGGGGCCGCACAGCCCUCCAUGUGCUCGCCAGAGUUAGCCUGACUGCCAUUAGGUACCGAGAUGAGAUCCUCAGACCCCUUGUGAGACCAUAUGCUGGUGCGGUUGGCCCUGGGUUCCUCCUAACAAUGCUAGACCUCAUGUGGCUGGAGUGUGUGAGCAGUUCCUGCAAGACGAAGGCAUUGAUGCUAUGGACUGGCCCGCCCAUUCCCCAGACCUGAAUCCAAUAGAGCACAUCUGGGACAUCAUGUCUCGUUUCAUCCACCAACGUCACGUUGCACCACAGACUGUCCAUGAGUUGGCAGAUGCUUUAGUCCAGGUCUGGGAGGAGAUCCCUCAGGAGACCAUCCGCCAGCUCAUCAGGAGAAUGCACAGAUGUUGUAGGGAGGUCAUACAGGCACAUGGAGGCCACACACACUACUGAGCCUCAUUUUGACUUGUUUUAAGCACAUUACAUCAAAGUUGGAUCAGCCUGUAGUGUGUUUUUCCACUUUAAUUUUGAGUGUGACUCCAAAUCCAGACCUCCAUGGGUUGAAAAAUGUGAUUUCCAUUUUUUAAUUUUUGUGUGAUUUUGUUGUCAGCCAAAGUAUUUCAGAAGAAUAUUUAAUUCAUUCAGAUCUGGGAUGUGUUAUUUUUGUGUUCCCUUUAUUUUUUUGUGCAGAGUAUAUAUACAUAUGUAUAUAUAUAUUUUUUAACUAUUUAUUGUUUUAUCAAAUUGAUGUUAAAUAAGGUGUUCAUUUAAGCACUACUGGUAUCCCACUGAUUCCCAGGUCCAGAACCUGUCUAAGGGGGAGGAUCACCCCACAAACUGACAAAAAUAUUUUAACCUGAUAGCCAGGGAUCCAAAGGCUCUGUCUAAGCUGAGCUGAAUACCAUAAAUUUACCAACUGUGCAUUAUUUAAACAUACUAUAUAAAAGCUUACAUUUUCAUCAAUUUGUAACUCCCAAGUGACCACAGACCUGAAGUCUUAACCCUCUCCUUUUAUAUAACAAAAUGGCUAUCUCUAUGAUCUCUAAGGACCUGGCUGACUAUUUAACUCUUAAUUCACCCCCGUCCUCACUGGGAGCUACAGAGAAACCAAUUAUAUGAGGCAAACAGAUCUUAAAAAAAGCAGCAUCCACCUCUUAUUAAGUAUAAUGGAUUAACUCCAAAGUCUAGAACAACUAAUACUAUCCUUUAGCAACCAGUCGCAGUACAGGAUACUAUCCCAUCACAUAUUCGGGGCCAAUGCAAACCAUUGUGUGGAAAUCUAUUCACAAACCAGGCUUUACAUGCGGUUAGACUAGAAGAAAGAAGAUUUUGUCUAAGGAAAAGGAAAGGGUUUUUUUUACUGUAAGAACAAUAAGGAUAUAGAAUUCUCUGCAUGAAGAAGUGGUUUUAUCAGAGUCCAUACAGAUGUUCAAACAGCUACUAGAUGCAUACUUGCAAACACAGAAUAUUCAAGGAUAUAAUCUUUCAAUGUAGGGUAAUAACUGCUUGAUCCUAGCAUAAAUUUGACUGCCAUUCUGGGGUCAAGAAGGAAUUUUUUACUAGCUUGUUGCAAAAUUGGAAGUGCAUCAAACUGUUUUUUUUUUUUUGCCUUCUUUUGGAUCAACAGCAAAAAACAAAUGUGUGGAAGGCUGAACUUGGACUUGGACGCAAGUCUCUUUUCAGCUAUGUAACUAUGUAACUGUGUAACUAUGUAACAUGUAACAUAGGCUCACAGAUAAAACUAAGCCUUUGAUGUGAAGCAGGCAAACCUUUUAUGAGAAUGCUAAUAAGAUGACUCUCUUUUAGCCUCUUGGCUUCAAACUUGAAUUGCAACAAAUAUAUCUUCAAAAACUGCUUCCCAGUGGUGAAAUAACCCCAACAAAGAUAGGUGACAUUUACCUCCUUUACUUUCAAUGUCUAUAUGAUCACUUUUCAACCUUAGAUUAAAUUUUAAUUGCCCAAUAGACUGACUGAUUCCCAACUCCCCUUUCAUAAUGUUGAGGCACACAACAUUUUGGCUGUCUCUAUAGACAAUGAGAAGUCCUAAAGACAAUUAAAUCCUCUAAUCCUAACGAAAGUUCAGGUCCAGAUGGAUUCACAGCUCUUUAUUAUAAGGAACUUUGUUUUAUCUUACUUCCAUAUCUGAGGAAUAUGUUCAACCACAUUUUGAAGGGAAACUAUUUCCCUUUGAAAUGUUAACAGCCAAAUAUAAUUAUUGCCUUAACCUAAAAAAAAACCAUAAUUUAGACCCUGGACAUUUCUGUCCUAUCUCAGUACUUAGUAUCAACAUUAAGCUUUUAGAUAAACUCAUUGUGAAUCAUUUACAUUCUUAUUUGUCCUCUUUUGUCCACCCAAACAAAUUAGACUUCAUCCCUAAUAGGCAGGACAUGGAGAAUGCCUGUAGGUCUAUAGUUCUAAUUUGGUUUGCUCAACACAAACUUAUCCCUAUGGGCAUUAUCUCCCUGGAUUUUGAAAAGACCUUACCUCCUCUGACCUUAACUAUGUUCAGUCCUUCCCCACUUCACUUCCCCAUUUUGUAAACUGCUCACUGCUCUAGAUAGCUAACCUUGGAUAGUCUUCACCUUCCUAAUAUAAGGAUAUUAGGAAGGUGAAGAUUAUCCAAGGUUAGCAAUCUAGAGCAGUGAGCAGCUCCAUCCUUUUGUAUAUGUAAUGGAACUCAACAAAGAUGCUCGCUAUACUGUCUUCUAUUUGCUCUCUCGCUUGAACCCCUAUUUCAGGCUAUAUAAUGCCAGUGAGAUAGCUCAGUUGGCUAAUGCAUCAUCAGUUAAAUUGGGUCCCCUGGAUGUUGGGCAAAAGUAACAAUUCCAGGAUGUACUUGGAAACCAGAGAAUAUCAGAAUGUACCUUUCCUGGUUAAAUACUUUGUUAUUAUUAUCAUUAUUAUUAUUAUUAUUAUAUGUCUGAUAUUGAGGUACUUCAGAUUUGUGAUGAAAACGUAAUGUUGCUGUGCAUGCAGAUGAUAUAUUUCUCUUUUUUAUCCUAUUCUCUCUUCUUUCUAAAAUCUGCUCCUCACUUCAUUUUAGAAUCUGCCCCUCUUACCUAUGUUGGCUUAGAAUUAGCUAAUGGCCUUGAGACUUUGUACUCCCUUAAUUAUGCCCCCUUCUUAUUAAAGCCAUUGUAGAUUUACAACAAAUAAAUCUGAAUGUGUCAUGGCUUUAUUAAAUUGAUAGACGUAUGCACAGGGAAAACCCAAUAGUUCUAAGCUACGGUGGAUAGGAGACCAUUAAAUUCCUUAGGUUAAAAUAGUCAAUUAUUUAUGCUGUAUGUAUAAUUAUGGUAAUUAAAAGGAAGGAUAAGUGAUGGAAUAGGAUAGUACCUUACAAAUCUAAACAUGAGACUUAUGGAAACAUUGUUUAGACGAUAUGUCCUUAUUAGGUAAUGAAAUUUCUGGCUACCAGAACAAAACUACAAAAGGUACACUGCUCAUAACGCAAUAAUUAACAUGAAUAAGUCUAGCUUUUGGGAAAGCAGUAAUAUUUCACAAUAUUUAUGCUUCUCUCAAAGUCUGAUCUAAAAGAAAAAAUAAAAUCACCCUAAUUAUUAAUAAAAAAAAACAAGGUCAGUCAUCAAGAAUUGUCAAGAAUCAUCAGCCCUAGCAGACUUAUACACUAUAUACCUAAAUGUGUAACUGAAAUUAAACAAUGUAAGAAGCACCAGUUAAAAUCACAUUUAAAUAAAAUAUAACAAAAAAGAAAAUAAUAAGGGGUAUGAAUCAGCUGGACAUAGAUGGAGGCUGUCCUGACAUUAAACUCUAAGUAGCAGUGGAAUAAAUAGGAAAGAAUGAAACUUAACCCAGCAUAAGUGAGGCAGGAUAAGCCCUUAAUUGAGAAUCCUAAAACUACUAACCCUGAACUAAGGUCCCAGCUCAGCAAGGAAUUAGUAGGCUAAAUGUCUAAUGUCCCUUCCCUGACUCCUAAGGUAUCAAACUAUAAGCUAAACAUAUCCCUUUAUCACCAACACUAUAUCAAGUGCCAAUCAAUCUGUAGUGAGAUUAAAAAGAAAUAGAAAAAAACUGCCUUAUACGCGUUUCAUUGCAUUAGUGUGCGCCUUAAUCUGGGGCUAAAUUUGAAUGAGCUCCCAAACUCACUUUAUAGCAGUGAGCGAGGUUUUUGGCACCACCCCUUGAGUCGCUAUCUCCUAUGUCACUGGAGGAGGAGCUACCCACUUCCUCCUAAUUUACGGGGCAGAGCUACAAGUGUGCACCCCUGCACUAAUUCCCUUCAAAUGCUCUCUUCCAUGUAACAGUAAAAGAAAAGGUCAGCCUAGAAACACUCCACAAUGCCUCCUGAAUAUUGAGUGAAGUUGCGUCAUUCCAAUUCGUGGAGCUGCUUGUACUCCAUCCGAAACUGUCACACUAUCAAAUAUGCAUAACGUGGGGAUUUAAGAUAGUUAAUACUACUUCUAAGGUUAUUAAAGGGACACUCCAGAACCCUGAAUUUUUUUUCAUUCUGGAAAAAGUGCAGAUUUCAAUGGAAAUUGACACUUGCAUAACCCCCUGGUUUUUCAAGCAGACAACAGGUCCUAUUGCAUCCUAGCUUAGUUAGCUUAGUUGCACUGAACUCAAGAGGCAGCAAUUGCCCAGAGCACCUGCCAUGCAAAGACUUCUCAUUGAGCUGCAUUGGGAAGUCUAUGAUUGGACAGUCACAUAAACACUUAGUGGGGUUAGAAGGGGAGGGCUUGCAAAGAGAGCAGAAAAGAGAUCUGCAGUUUUUUGCAAGCUGUUUUUAGAUAUAACCCCAAUGAAAAAUGUAUAAUUAAAUGCAUGCACCUUUUCCUUUGGGGUAUAUCCACUAAACAGUAUUUUUUAUUUAUUUUGUAUUUGGACAGUGGAGUGUCCCUUUAAGGAGUCAGGGUAGGUAAGGUUUACUUUUAUCUCUAUCUACAGCUCCUGAUUGAUUAUUGUUGCUGGAAAGGUAUAGAGCCCCGUGUCUAUUAUGUAUGCAUGUACUAAAUUGAGGAGUUUGGGCUUACUAAAUCUCCUUAAUUAUUAUUAAGCUGCCCAGCUUACUCAAGUAAAACACUUGCAUACUUUACCCCACACGAGCAGUUGGGUAGCUUUUUUCGUAACAGAAGUGUGGGCAGAUAGUAUGCUACCUAAUAUGACUACAAUUAACCAUAAAACAAACGAGACAAUGGAAUAUGACAAAAUGACUCCAGUGGUUCAUGGUACUCGCAAAAAUUUCCACAAAAUUUGGGAUCUUUGGCUGUCAUCCAUCUAUUGCUUUUAAGCCAAGCUCUUGACAUCCCCGUCACCUUUGUAAUUUAUCCUUUAUUUUCUUCCACGCAGUCCACUUUCACCAUUUAUUUUCUUACCCCUACCCUUAUGCUGGAUGCAAUGUACUUUAUGGUACCAUUUUAUGUCCUAUACAUUAUACCUGUUACACAAGUGCUGCUACUGUGAAUAUUAUUUACACUGAUUUCAUCAUCUUCUCAGCAUUUGUGAAGGACUUCACCAAUUUAAAAAUGUAAUUUUUCCAUUCUGAUGAUUGUGUUUUAAUCAGUGCAUGUCAUCAUGAUAAAUCAUUUGUUACAUAAAGAAUUGAAAAAAAGAGAGAGAGAGAGAGUAUAAAGGAUGGAUUAGGAGAGAUACACAAGGGAUCAGGGUGGCUGCCAAAAAAAUGGAUGCAAUGUACUUUAUGGUACCAUUUUAUGUCCUAUACAUUAUACCUGUUACACAAGUGCUGCUACUGUGAAUAUUAUUUACACUGAUUUCAUCAUCUUCUCAGCAUUUGUGAAGGACUUCACCAAUUUAAAAAUUUCAUUUUUCCAUUCUGAUGAUUGUGCUUAAUCAGUGCAUGUCAUCAUGAUAAAUCAUUUGUUACAUAAAGAAUUGAAAAAGAGAGAGAGAGAGAGAGAGUAUAAAGGAUAGAUUAGGAGAGAUACACAAGGGAUCAGGGGGCGCAAAAAGACACACAAAAGUUUACAAUUUCAAGAGAGAAGUGCCAACAAACAUAUACAUGCAUGCAUACAUAGGCUGGGCCAAGCCCUCCAGGGUGGCUGCCCAAAAAAAUGUAAAUCUAAUUUUUUGGCAUGGCAACGACUAAUGAUAAGUGACAGACUGACAGACACUAGAGGUACUUUCGCUUCACUGACCGAAUAAAAUUUGGUCAUAUGAUGUUGCAGCUCAUAGGAAAGCUCUGUAAGAAACAUUGGAUUGGAGCAUCGGCAGAGGAAAAUAUGCUUCCUCAAUGACAUUGAGGGGGAAGAGGACAGCUUUAAAGGGAGUCUCAUGCUGGAAAAAGGUAAGUAAAAAUGUUUUUUUUUUUUUAAUACUUUCCUAACACUAUAGUAUACGUGUACUUUAAACCUGUAAGGAUGGAGUUAAUUGUAGACGUUCUGAUCAAAACAAAACGUAAACAAAACCUGGAAUUUGCGCUAUAUGUCUGUUAAACCAUAAUUCACCUCUUUCAUAUUAAGUGCACCAACACUUAUAUAUAUAAUUUUGUUCAGGAGAAACAGGGCUUUCAUUUCACAUCAACUAUUCAUAUAUAUAUAUAUAAAAUUAACUAUUUAUUAUGAAUAAAAUCUAAAAUGAGUGACAAAUUAAGAUUUUUUUUUAUUUAUUUUUUAUUUUACGUGGCAUUUUAACUGCGAAUGUCAUAAUACUGUUACCUUUUACUGCAACUAAAUACACAUAUUUGUAUUCAGCGAUGUAUCACGAGUGCAACAGUACCCACCAUGAACAGAUUUUAUGUGGUUUUGGAAUGUUACAGGGUCAAAAAUCACACGUUCCAUUUUUCAGUUUAUACACAUUGAAACUUGCUAGAUUAGUAAUAUUGCCGUAUGGUAGCCCAGGAAUGAGGAUUACCCCCAUAAUGGCAUACCAUUUGCAAAGUAGAGAACCCAGGUUAUUCAAUAUGUGGUAUGUCCAGUCUUUUUUAGUAACCACUUAGUCACAAAUACUGGCCAAAGUUAGUGUCCAUAUUUGUUUUUGUGUUAAAAAAGCAAAACACAAAUAUUUGGCCAGUGUUUGUGACUACUAAAAAAGACUGGACAUACCCCACGUGCAAUACCUUGGGUUGUCUACUUUAGCAAAUGGUAUGGCAUCAUGUGGGUAAUUCUCAUUCCUGGGCUACCAUACAGUCUCAAGGGCAACAUCCAAUCUGGCAAAUUUCAAUGGGAAAAAACUUAAUGCAAGCCUUAUAUUUCACUCUGUAACUUUCCAAAACAACAUAAAACCUGUACAUGGGGGUACUGUUAUAUUCAGGAGACUUUACUUAACACACAUUUUGAUGUAAAAAAUAUCUUACAACAAUAAUAUUGUCAGUGAAAGUGACGUUUGUGUGUGAAAAAUGCAAAAAAAAUCACUUUCACUGACAAUAUCAUCGUUGUAUUACAAAAUACCAUUUUGAAAAACUAAUAUUUGUGUUACGCAAAGUCUCCCGAGUAAAACAGUACUCGCCAUUUACAGGUUUUAUGGUGUCUUGGAAAGCUACGUGGUUAAAUAUAGGACUUGCAAAUUAAAUUCUCUGGACUUUCUGCCUGGGUUGUCAGGCAUGUCCCUCAAAUUUUAAAUAAUAAAAUCACAUAAUUAUGCUAAAAGAUUACAUAAAUAUACACAUAGGAUUUAAAUAUAUGUAUACAUAUAUGUAUUAAAUUCUAUCAUAUACUUAUGUAAUCAUUUAUGUAAUUAUAUAUGUAUAUAUAUAUAUAUAUAUAUAUAUAUAUAUAUAUAUAUAUUUGCAAUUAUUUGUAUAUAUAUAUAUACAAAUAAUUGCAAAUAUAUAUAUAUAAAAUGGAAUUCUAAGUGUAUUUUGUUACCAAUAUAUACAUUAAUAUCAAAAUACAGUUAGAUUGAAAUUACAUUUGCAUAUAAUUUAUUUAUAUAAUUUAUUUUUUAUUUUAUUUAUUUAUAACUGCAAUAUAUGUACAUAUACUGCAAUGUUUUCAUUAGGGUUAAUCCAGCCUCUAGUGGCUGUCUCAUUGACAGCCGCUAGAGGCGCUUCCGCACUUCUCACUGAGAGAAGUGAGAAGACGCCAGCGUCCAUAGAAAUUUCCUAUGGACUGACUGAAUGCGCACGUGGCUCUUGCCGCGCAUGCGCAUUCGGUGGAAGAGGGAGGAGAGUCCCCAGCGCUGGAGAAAGGUACUUUUAAGCAGUAUACUUUUAAGCAGUAUAACCCCUAACCACUAUUGCCCAUUAUAUAGUGGUAUAGUGCCUGUAAGCUAUGAACACCACACUCUGGUUCUGUGUCAAACCAUUUUAGUUAGUUUCACUAUCAUUGGGAGUCUCAUAGUGACAUGUGGCCCAGCCCUCAUAUGCUUCUUUGCUAAUGUGGAAUUUAAACCUUUGCAUUUGCAAUAUAAAGUUUGUCAAUUACUUGAAUUUGAGCAUUGUGCAUAUGGCAAGUAAGGGGACACUCUCCAGGCAUCUAGGACAGCACUCCUAAAGUACUAGUUUUAUAACCACACAGUGUAUAUGGUGAUUCGCUUUCCCCUUUAACACAUAAACCUAUUGUAACCACUAUGGUGCUUAGACUGCUCUUUUAGUCGCUUCAUUGAAACACAUAAAAGUACAACUGAAGUGGUUAAUAAUGUAGUAGCCGUGGAACUUCCUUGUGAUUACCAUGCCUUUUAAAGUUGCAAGAAUUCCAUUCAGCCACUGAUACAAUCUGCAGGGAGGUUUGUUUGUUUGCUUGACAGUGAAUUGUGAUUAAUUGAUAACUUUCUGCAAAGUUAUGAUCAAUACCCAAGUUAAUAAAUAAACAUAAAAUAAUUGAAUAUUAGAAUUUUUCAACUAUAGCUGUCUACUGAAUUUCUGUUUCAUUUCACCAGAAUAACCAUAUUUCACUGUUUGAUAAAUAAAAUAGAAAGUGUGUUUUAGAAUAAUUUUUAGAGUAAUUUACAAUACUGCUAUUCCAGAUUCCUACAUCUAUUUAAAGUGCAGAGUACCCUAAGCAAUGAAGUACAAAGAAACAGUUUCAAAACCUUUACACAUGCACAAACGGAUCUUUAAGCAUAUAUUACUUGAAAUAGGCACAAAAUUAAGCAUUAAUAUCUCCUUGAUUUGUGUCCCUUGGGGAAAUGUCAAGAAGUAAAAAAAAAGUCAUGAUGAAACAUCACAUAUGGAAUCCUUGUCUUAACUAUUGCCAUGUUGAAAAGCAUUGAAGGGAAAUGUUAAAAUUUAUUAGCAAUACUGAACAUCAAAUUAUCCUAAUUUAUUGAAUUCCUGUGAGUUUCUUACUGUAGACCACAGCUCUCUUUCUUGGGGUCAGCCUUCGGAGUCCACUGUGUGAGACCAUUAGACUGUUCGUACUCUUCUUUUCUUUUCAACUUGCAUUAGUGUGUUGCUAUUUGAGCUUUACUUUUGUUCCAUUUAUUUUCAAAUAUUUUUGUUUUUCUGUUGCUAUCUCUCACUCUUGUUUCUUUCUCUGUUCCUUUUCACUUCCCCUUGUCUAAGCUUGUUGAUUAUAUAUGUAGGUUUUUUGCUGUUCCGAACAGUGUGCAGUUCUGCCUCCAAUAAUACGAAAAACGGUUUUAAUUAUUUUCUCCAACAGGUUGUCUUCCAGAAUCUUUUCCUUUGUGCAGCAGUGUUUUACACAGUAUACUAUCUAGUCUACGUGAUAUGCUUCAUAGCUAUACGGUCAGUAUAACAUUACUCUCUCUUUCUCUCUCUCUCUCUCUCUCUCUCGUCAUGGGAGAAAGAAAGUAAACCCUCUUUGAAUUAUAUGGUUUUACAUAUGAGGACAUAAUAACAAUCAUCUGUUCCUUAGCAAGUCCUAAAAUUGGGUAAAUACAACCUCAAAUGAACAAUAACACUUGACAUAUUACACCGUGUCAUGAUUUAUUUAACAAAAAUAAAGCCAACCUGGAGAAGCCAUGUGUGAAAAACUAAGUACAUCUUGUGAAGAAAAUAGACUGAGUUCGGUAUUUUCUUCUGUGUUCGUGAUUUUCUGCAGCAUUUGGUUCAUUUUGGAUUUAUUAGUUCGGCAGUUUAAAACUACCGAACACCGACCACCCUCCUGGCUCAUUAACUUCAAAAGAACCGUCUAUUAAGCGCUCUCUGGGCAGCCGCUGUUCGUGUAGCCGAAUGCCACGUGGAACUGAAAAUGGUGGCCAUCUUGUUUGCACAAAAGGAGGCAGCAGGACUUGGUUGUCAAGUGUCUGGAACUAAAAUCGGACACUCGACCUCUCGAACCACUGCUGAAACUACCAAACGCCUGCUUCCUUUAGUUGCCGAACAGCCAGGAGAGCGCCAUUCGGUAGCUUGGUUCACACGAACAAGGGGAGUAAUCGCUCCUAUGAGCCAGGAGGAUCAAUUCGAGACUUUUAGUUGUUUUAUGCCAUUUACUGAAUUGACCGACCGCACACGCUGAAUUCGUGGAACUGUUUUGGGCAGGAGCCUCGUGUGUGGUCGGUAACUUAUGACUUCCAUACUUUUUGAGAACCCCUGAACCGAUCUGGGUGAAAUUUGGAUAUGUUGGUCCCCCAGAUCAGGGCUAUUGGGGAUAUGUAAUUUGUGGGGAUACCUUGUGUGGAAAGGGGUGUUCUAAUUGUUGGGAAAAUUGUGUGCCCUCUGCCUGGAGAUAAUUGAGUUAUUCCUUAACUUAUCUCAAUAUCUCCCAGGCAGAGAGAGGGUGGUGGUUACUGUAAAUCUGUAAGUUGAUUGGUUAUUGUCUUUGUUUACUGUGGGAGGUCCUCUGGCAGGAGGAUUCUCAUAAAAGCCAGUGUGGCCUCAAUAAAAAUCAUUCCUGUUACACCCUUCAUGAAGUCUAGGCUCAUGCUUGGCGAAUAUUCUACUUGCUGGAGAGAAUCGACUUGGAAGCUGCAUUCAUUUACACUAUUCCUCUAUCUCCUAACUGCAGUUAUAAUCACUUAUGCUCAGCGAUUGGGAAAGGAAUAGAAGACCGCAGUACCAUAACCACUGCAGGUCUUAACACAUCUUAUAAUUCAAUAGCUUGCAGAACCACCAUUAGCAGCAUUAACUUAAAGUAAUUGUUUUCUGUAUGACUUCAUCAGUCUCUCACAUCAUUGUGGAGGAAUUUUAUAACGUUGCCUCUGUUCAGUUUGCUGGCAUUUUUUUUAUGCACAGAUCUCUUAAGCCUCCACCACAGCAUUUCAAUGAGGUUGAGGUCUGGACUUUGACUGGGCCAUUGCAACAUCUUGAUUCUUUUCUUUUUCCGCCAUUCUGUUAUAGAUUUGCCGGUGUGCUUGGGAUCAUUGUCCCGUUGCAUGACCCAAUUUCAGCCAAGCUUUAGCUGUUGGACAGAUGGCCUCACAUUUGACUCUGAAAUACUAUGGUAUACAGAGAAGUUCAUGAUUGACUCAAUGACUACAAAAUAUUCAGAUCCUGUGGCUGCACACCAAGCCCAAAUCAUCCCUCCUCCACCACCGUGCUUGACAGUUGGUAUUAGGUGUUUGUGCUGAAAUUCUGUGUUUGUUUGAGCUUAUCUUUCUUUACUUAGCUCCAAAGUGGCAAAGAAAAAGCAUAUGGAAACAAACAACCAAUCAAAAAUAAGCAAUGUAUACAUGAGGUAGGAUGAACCCAAGAACCUCCUCCUGUUUUGUUCACUUUGAAGUGUCUUUAUAUUUCUUCUUCCGUUUUCUCGCUUUUCUAGGUAAGUUUGAUGGGAUUUCUUUAUAUUUUUCCCUCAUGCUCUUGUUACUUUGGGGAUCCCUGCACCAUUAUUAUUCUCUGUUGCAUUGUUUGUUUGUUUGUUUUUUGUCAAUCUCUCUUUAUUGAAGAAAAUUCAGCUGUUACAGUGCAGUAAUAUCAUUGCAUGACAAUAAGUGUAACUUUCUUAACUGCAAACAGUAUCUUCUCACGAACAUGUGAUUGCAGCUUUCCCUUAACAGUGUUAAUAGUGGGUAUAAAGAAUAACUCAGGUUUGGUAUCAGCCUGCAUUAGGAAAUAACAUUUACCAAGCUGUAUGCCCUUCAGUUCUUGCGUGCUUAUAAGGGCCAGGGGUAGUUUGUCCUUAGUGCUCUUACUAGAGUCAGAUCUGAACCAGCGGGUGUAAUUAGCCCUCCUAUGUUCCGCUAACCCUUGUGCCUGCAGGGUGUGCUAGUUCCUGUCCUCUGCUAGGGCGUAGGGCUCUAUGGUGGUCUCAUUUGUUUCGGUUCUUAACAGCUCUUUGGUCUGAGGAGACUCUGGGUCCAAUAUGCCUCCCAUUCAUUGCCCGUCAUCCCCCUUUAAGGAGUUCAAUGUCCCGUUUUGGGUUCUCUAAUUCUGUUGUGCUUGGAUAGUUGUUUAUAUUGGUCAUUCGAUCAUCAUGAGUGUAUCUAGUUGUGUUAGUAUAGCUCGUUGUGACUGUAAAAUAGGGUUAAUGCUAACUAGGGGAGGAAUAUCCACGGCGAGACCAUGGGAAGGGAGGAGCAGAGGGGUAAAGUGUAGCAAGCAGGGGUAAGAGUUGCAGUUUGUCAGGUAUAGCAGUAGGAAGGGUGGGGGGGAAGGAAUCGGCUUAGGUCCUCCGUACCUGGGGGUGUAUAGCCACUCUGCGCCCCUCCAGUGUGCCUAGGCGUGCGUGCCUGUUGCCCGUCCUCGCCGCCGAGCGGCUCAAUCGCGGUCCCAUCUCUCUCCCCGAGGUCGGCCCCGGGUGCAGUUCUAUUCGCUUUGAUGCUGUCUCCCUGAUAUAAACAUGAGCCACGGGGUCCAUGUCUGUAGAUAGCGUUCCGUGUUUCCCCUGAGUGAGGCCGUAAGUUGCUCCAUUCCGUGGAUUUCUUCUACUUUGUCCAUCCAUUGCCGGAGGGUGGGCACCUGUGGGGUCUCAGCGGGAUUAGCAGUUUGGCUGCGUUCAACAGGUGCUUGGUCAGCGAUUUUUUUUUUUAUAUUUCGAUGGGGGCAAUGAGGUGUGGUGUAGGAGCAUCUGGAGUGGCUGGUAUGGGACAUCCGUGUCCAGUAUGUCUUUGAUCUGUGUAUGGAUUUGUUGCCAAUAGGGUGCCCCUGUUGCAUUGUUACUCUCCAUUUAGUAUUUCUUGAUUUUUGUUUCAGAUUCCCACUAUUUAUUUUUUUUUAUUCAUCCAUUUGUUGAAUUUUUUGUUGGAUCGGACUGUAGCUUUUGCCAUGUUGUGCUUCUCAUAUUCAGUGCCAGUCAAGCCGUGGCUUCUUCAGACUCGCUGGUGGUGUGGUGGCCAUCUUGGAUCACUUGUUGGUGAGUCAAGAAAACAGGUGCUGAUCUUUUCUAUUGACCUGGCUGCCACUCUGGAUGCAAAACCCCCGCUUUUGCCGCUGGAUCUCUGCUCCUGCUAUCCACCAUUUACUGUUAUUGGCAUUGGGGCCAUCACUGGUUGGUGCAUUUAAACUUGUGUCAUUACUGUGACUGGCAGAUAAAAGACUUAAUUUGGGCUUCUUGGGUGAGCCCCACUGCUAAUUUGAUUUCUGUGUCUAAUCCUGAUUGUAUGUUGCUCAUUGAGGCCUGCCUUAGAAGCCUCCUAAUUCUGUGUGAGUCACAGUUUUUUAGUCACUAAUACAGUUUAGGCCUUGCAUUGCUGGUUAAUACCCAGCUAUAUAAAUACAUUUGACUUGUUGAAUUGUACACUUGGCCCCAUGUCUUUUGCUUGCCUCAUGGGCACGUGGUAUGUCUUACUUCUAUACGCAGCAAGCCUUCUGCUGGACCUGUAACUUUGGGUGAGCCCCAUGUUGCUGACUGGUUGAUUAUGGAGGAUUCACAGAACCCUCCUGUGGGUUUUUAAGCCAUAAUUAGCACAGCAGUGCCUGUAACAGUGGAGAAAGCACUGUCCAAGGUGUUUACUGAGGGAUUUGAAGUCACAAAAAUUAACUCUGGUGCUACACAGACCCAAUAUAGUGCUGACUCGAAUGGCUCGGAUUCCUCUACCCAGUCAAACGUUAUUGGAAAGGUGAGAGCACUCGGCUGAAACAAUGUCAAGGCACAAACCAAAGGUAGUGUUCAUAUCUUUGCUGAGGAUCAGGACCUACCCUGCUCACUUUCAGUGCUGGACGAAUGGCAGACUGACACGACAAGAUCUAAAGAUAACUCUUGUGGUUCUGGAUUCUAAUGGCCAGUGGAUGUUUAACCCGCGCCACUCAAUAUAUGUCAUCCCCACUCAGGGGAUUGAAUGCCUCCUGCUCACCUGACAAAAUUAAUGCAUUUGUGGUUGUGCAAACCCUUGAAAGGUGAGAAUUUUAUGGAGGUGCUCAAGAAGCAUGUCAUUGUUUUUACCCACUCACCAAGGUGAAGAAGAUCUUUUGAGGUAACGCUGUUAGGUGUUUUUUUUGGGCAGGCAAUUUUAAGAAUUAGAUAAGAUGUUUACUUGGAUAUGUGGAUACUGCAAUCCAUUCAGGGAUACAUGAUCAAAUUUGAUGACGUCUCUCUACAGACUCAUCCUCCAUUCGAUUCUUGUUGGCCGAUUCCCAUCUCGACUUGGAACUUAGGAAAUUGAGACACAAGGAUGCCCUCCUAGUUGCUGUAGAUGGCAGAGGUUUUUUCAGGGCUAUUUUCCUGGUACAGAAGAGAACUGGAGGCUUCUGCCUGGGGAAACAUCUUCUAGAUCUCAAUGCUUACAUCAUGUACCAUCAAUUGAAGGUGGAGGGCCUACACCUAAUGAAAUAUCUUCUUCAGAACCGUGACUGGUUUAGGUGUGUAAACCUGAAGGAAGUGUACCUCUAUGUUCCCGUUCAUCCUUCCAUUUGCCAAAUCCUCCGGUUUUAAUUGCGGGAUAUGCCUUGGCAGUUAAAUUUCCUUCCUUUUGGCCUCAGCUCAGCGCAUUAGCAUUAGGGAUUCAUUGUUUAACAUAUUUGGAUGACAUCUUACUUUUAUGUGAGAAGAAGUUGUGGCUACAAUGACAAACUCCCUUUACUGUGGAUCUUCUGGAGUCUCUUGGAUUCAUGGUGAAUUGACCCAAGUCAGCGUUGGUUUCUUUCCAGACAGUUCAAUUCUUAGGAUUCGAGAUUGAUUCAACAUCUUUCAUUCUACAACUACCUACCUUGAAUAGAUAUACAAGCCACACUUAUAUAAAUACGAUGAAGGGAUUUCAGGAGCUAUAACACGACACAGUAGUAAAAAUCAAUAUGCAAUAGAUAAAAAAUAAAAUCCAACUCCAAUAAAUAUAUACAAAAAAAAUUAAUAAAAAAUGGAAUAAAAAUAAUAGAUGUAUUGUCCAAGAAAUGUCCACUUAAAAGAAUAGUUAAUACUCAGUCUGUUUGUGAAGGAGGUCCGUCUGUGUGUGGGAGGCUCAGUCUGUGUAUGUGGGGGUCAGUCUGUUUGUGUGAGGGGGAUCAGUCUGUGUGUUGGGGGGUCAGUUUGUGUGUAUGGUUCAGUCUUUGUGGGGUGGGUUAGUCUGUAUGUGUGGGGGACUCAGUUGGUGUGUGUGUGUGUAUGGGUCAGUCAGUGUGUGUGUAUGGGUCAGUCUGUGUGUGUAUGGGUCAGUCAGUGUGUGUGUGUAUGGGUCAGUUUGUGGGGGGUGUCAGUCUGUGUGUGUGUUCAGCACCAAAACUGUUGUCUGUCUGUGUGUGUAUGGGUCAGUGUGUAUGGGUCAGUGUGUAUGGGUUUAUAAACUGCAAUAAUUACCUUGCAGGGUUAACUCCACUUCUAGUGGCUGUCUACUAGACAGCCACUAGAGGGCACUUCCUAGUUUACCUGUGCUAGAGGGUCGUUGGACGUCCUCACGCUGUGUGAGGACCUCCAGCGUUGCUCAUUUCCCCAUAGGAAAGCAUUGAAAUGCAUUUUCAAUGCUUUCCUAUGGGGAGCGCUAAUGCGCAUGCGAGGCAUUGCCGCGCAUGCGCAUUAGGUCUCCCUGGCUGGUGGGCGGGAUUAGUCUCGCCCACUGGCCGACGCAAUCAGAGGGAGGAGCGACACGGAGGAAGAAGAAGCAACGUGGGACAUCAUCGCUGCCUUGGGUAAGUUACUGAAGGGGUUUUCACCCCUUCAGCAACCGGGAAUUGGGGGGUGGGAGGGAGAGGGGACCUGCAGUGUCAGGAAAACGGAUUGUUUUCCUGGCACUGGAGUUUCCCUUUAAGGAUGCAUUUGUGUUCUGGUCUGGUUGUCGGAGUCUUGAUUUUACAGGACACUGAUUCUGGGAGUUCAAGCUAUCCCGUUUCUUCCGUGUUUUCUCUGCUAUGUCUCUGUUUGUCCUUUUUAAGAAAGUAAAGCUGCUUAGGUUUAUCUUACCUAAUAUACACAUUAACUAUUUUGGUUGGUUCUUUGUUUCUAUAUGUUUUUUUCUUUGCUGCUAUGGUGUGAAGUAAAGAAAAAUAUACAAAAUACUUGUCUCCUGUCAUUAUUAAAAUCAAGAUUUUUAGUUCAAAGUUAACAUAAUCUCCAAUUUUAUGCCAAAAUAGCUGCAUUGGAAAAGGGCUCCAAUGUAGAUAUUUUUUCCAACCUUUUUUGCCCUAAUUUAUGAAAUUUGUUUUUUGGUUUCACUGAAUAAAUCCCCUUGUGUUUAUUUUAGGCUUGAAGGGAACAUCUUAUCAUUGUGACAUGCAAAAUGCCAGGAAUAAUUUGAAUGUUCCAAGAAGCAAAUGUUCUGAGCAGUAACCUUAGACUGUACAUAGUAUACAAAGUGGAAAAUGUCAGACUCUUUACAAAAUGUUUUGUUUGUUUUUCUUUCUUUUUUUUGUUUUUCUUUUACAGGUUGGAUAGUUUUGAUGAAUUGGGACCAUUUGACUUCAAAACAAACCCUUCUUGGUUAAACAAAAAGUAUUUAGGUACAGUUUUAAUAUUUUCUGUUUAUGAUUGAGUCAUUUAUCAUUUAAAGCCUAAAGCAGUACAAGUGAAACACUUUCAUGCAAUGCAUCACAUACGUUAUACAAGCACUUAAACCUGGAGGAUCAGAUUCCCAAGUAAACACAAUUGGAAUACCACGAUUAGUGAGAACCACAAAUUUCCCACAAGUACCAAUAUACAAAAGAGCAUAGGCUACAAUGGAUGAUUACUUUUACAAAGUUUAAUUUGGAGUUAAGAAACUUCAAGAAAUAUAAAGUUAAAUCAUAAGGCCUGUGUUAUGUGUCAUGCAUGACCAAGAUCUCAUGGUUGAAACACAGAGCCUAUGCAGAACCUAGAUCCUAGAGCCCUGUGCUCUCUUCUGUGAGUGUUGUGUGAGACUUGGUAUUGUGUGUGUUCGAGAGUGUAUGUAGUAGCUGAGUGUUGUGUGUGGAGGGGGAUUAAAGCUGUAUGAGUGUGCAGGUGGUGGCAGCAUUUUGUGUGUGGAGGAGUCAAGGUUUUGAAUAUGUGUGAAAGAAAUUAUGAGUGUUGCUAAGUGUUGUGUGUGUUUUGCCCCUACCUCCUGCUUACAAUUUGGUGGUCCCAUGGAGGGGGUGGGGCAUUGUGGUCCUGGCCACGUCCAGCGCUCUGAGCUGAGAGGGAGCUCUUCAAGUGAUCUGCACAUGCUCUCGCCAUAUAUACACUACAUGGAAAAAAAUAUUGGGACAUCUGACCAUUACAGCAACAGGAACUUGUAUGACAUUGCAUUCUAAAUACAUAGCUUUCAACAAGAUUUUAGAGUGUUUCUGUGGGAAAGUUUGCCCAUUUAUUCACUAUAGCAUUUGUGAGGUCAGACACUGAUGUUGGAUGAGUAGGCCUGACUCACAAUCUCUGUUCCAGUUCAUCCCAAAGAUGUUCGAAAGGGAUGAGGUCAGAGCACUGUGUGGGCCAGUCAAGUUCUUCCACACCAAAUUCAUCCAACCAUGUCUUUAUGGACCUUGCUCUGUACACUGAGGCACAGUCAUGCCGGAAUAGAAAAGGGCCUUCCCCAAACUGUUCCCACAAAUUUAGAAGCAUAGCAUUGUCUUGAUAUACUGAAGCAAUACGAUUUCCCUUCACUGGGAGUAAGAUUGUACCUUUACAUUGCUUCCUAGUAACACCUCUAGUGGUCGUCACUGUGACAGCCACUAGAUAUGCUUCCUAGUCCAGUGGUGCACAGUGUGCAACACCUAUGUUUAGCAUGGAGACGUUGAAUGUUUUUUAAAGAGAUGCAUUUAUUUACUGCAUCUCUAUGAGGAGAUGCUGAUUGGCACAGAGUGGUGUAUAGCUUCCAAAGCAAUGAGUUGGCUGAGAUAGUCAAUAGCUUUCAAAUAGCGUCCAAAGCAAUGAGUUGGCUGAGAUCGUCAAUUUUAAAGGAGGAGAGAUUUCUGCUGCUAGGAGACCAUCCCAGAGCUGGAAUAAAGGUAAGUUUAAUAUUGAUGGCAAUUAUUUAUUUUAAAAAGGGGGUUUCAUCUAAAAAUUAUAUUUAAUGCAUAUAAUGAUUAUACUGUACUAUUUUAUUUCCUAAACUCUAAAAUUUUACCUGUCAUUAGCUGCAAAACUAUACUCUGCCCCAAUGAAGAUCUAACUCCUCUUUGCCCAGCACUUUCUUUUUGUGCUGAGUAGUGUGCAAUCAAAGGCUUCUUACAUAAGCCUUAAGGGCAAAUCUCCAAUGAAAGUGAAGCAACAUGAGCUUUGGCACUGUAUGUUACUCACCCAACCGUGGGCAGCUUGUCCAAUGUAUCUUGAAUUAUCUUGCUGUGUGUGCUGAUACCAGUUAAAACAUGUGCACAAAUCUGUUACUGCCAGUCAGGAAUCUUUCAGCCCCUGGCAGCAGCCCAACAUGCAGAUAAAAAUGGUAUUCAUCACUGGAAUUAAACAAGGUCUUUACAAGAUUUAAAUAGGGUCUUUGCACUGCAGCAUGAUCACUUCAGUAAGACUGAGUUGUUAUGGUAACAGAGAAAAAUAAAAAUCAGAGAACGGGCAAGAGCUUAGAGAAAUUCGGGAGCUUGCCCUUCAGUUAGUUCCUGCUUAGGUCUCAAACAUGUUUUUGCUCACUUGUGCCAUUACAAAUAGAACCUAUAUAAUUUGCAUAUCAGAUUGAUUUCACCCAUUAGGGCAGCACAGAUCUUAAAUGUCCACAAGUUCCUGCUACACGAGUGAUACUGCAAUGUUGGACAAUUGUUUCAAUCUUCUUUGGACCUUAUCAGUUAGGCACAGUAAGUCCACUUCUGGACUAUCAUAUUAACUUAGAGAGAGCCCAAGCAACUGUGUUGCAUUGAGUUGUGAUGGUACACAAAGUGGUCCUUUAAUGAAGAGUAUUUUUUUAAUUAGUGUCAUUAGUAAGAUUAGCAUACUUACAAAUAUUGCCUGGUAACAGUUACAGUCAUGAUACAACAAAAGAGACAGACAUUUGUGAUGGUUUAUACAAGGAGCAAUUCAAGCUUUAGCACGAUUGGAGACAGUGGCGUAACUACCAUGAUUGCAGGGGUCGCAGCGGGCCCGGCACCUGCUGUGACCCCUGCGGCCAUGGGCCGCUGGCAUACCAUUAUGGCUGGUGCACUGCCGCAAUUGGCCGGGGACCACGGUCGCAGGCUGAACAGCUGGAGGGAAGUGAUGUGCUGUGUUGCUCCCCUCCUGCCCAACCAAGUGUGGCAGGAACUGCUACUGACAGAGCAGUUACUGUCAAAUGAGUACUGCAACUGCAGCAAACAGAUGCGAUAGUUUCUAGUUACCAUUCUAAUUGGAACCCAGUAAUUUUGUUAUUAGGCACAGACAAAAGUGUCUUAAAACUUUCACCCACAUGUGUGAAAAUGGAUGAUUAUUUUGUUCAUCUUCAUUUGGAAACACGCCAAUGUUCAUUUUACAUUAAUUUCAGCGCUUCUAUACACUAUCUAUUUCAAUCAUCAAUUGAUAGUUGUGAUUGGAUGCAUUCUAGAUCAGGGCUUCCUAACCUAGUCCUCAAGUACCCUCUAACAGUCCAGGAUUAAGGGGUUACCCUGUCGUGUGUAAUGUUUUUUUUUUUCAUUUCUAAAAGCACCUUAGAGACAACUAGGUAAUCCCUAAAUCCUGGACUGGUAGGAGGUACUUGGGCACUGGGUUGAGAGCCACUUGUUUAGAUGAAUGAAUUGUAAGAUUCUUUUGAAGGGAUGAGUUAUGGAUUUUGAAGACUGCAGGUAUACCUUGAGCUGUUUUAUAGUCCACAUAGGGAAAAUGUUCAUAUUUGUAGUACAAAGAUAAAACCAAAACUUAAAGCCACUGAGGAACAUUGUUUAAACAUAUUUACAAAAUGUUUAUUGAUAUUCAAAUGUUUUAUAGUAAAUAGUCAAUGUUAAUUGUAAGUGUAUUUUAAUAUCUUCUGUAAAUCACAAUUAUGCAUUUUUUUUAUUUCCUUUUGAGCAGUUAAUUUGAUUUCUCUGGAGUCGACCUUUGUGAUUUGUGGUCCACUGUUUGUUGUGGUUGUAGAAGAAUGGAUAUGGGAUUAUGCUUGUACAAUUACAGUCGUUCAUGUGAUUAUAACUACAAUGAGUAAGUGGCAUUCUUCUUCUAAUAUUACUUGGAUUGUUAUAUAUAUAUAUAUACACAUUUACAUACUCACAUACACACAUGUAUAUGUAUAUAUAUAUAUAUAUAUAUAAUAUAUUGUACAUUUUACUUAAAAAAAAUGUAAUUGUUUAAUAAAAUGAAUUUUUCCUUACUUUGCCUUUUUAAUGAUACUAAUCACAGCAAUAAUAACACAGAAUAGCUGGUAUAGUGCUGUGUAUCACCUUUAAAGAUACUCCUAACAUUCAGGAAAAAAUUAGUGCAGAAAAUCUCCAGUCCACUAAGCUGAAGAUGUUUCUUCCAAUGUAACAGGUUUGGCCUGAAUUUUGCAAGUUGAUAGUUAAGUCACCACAAUCUGCUGCUUAGUGAAUAUACUCCAAACGCACAAUUUCAUAAGCAUCUUGGCAACUAAAGCAGAGAAGAAGAUCCUUCAGUACUUGAGCACAUCUAAAGUGAUUUGCUGAUGCUUGUGGAGCAUUGGUUGCUAGGGACAUGAUGCAUUGCUGAGUACCUCAUCAUUAAAUUGACUGCUAAGAACAAAGAAAGGUAAAUAAAGUAGGGUCUCUUAACCUUUUCUCUGAGUCAGAAAUCAGUGAUAUUCAGAGAAGCAAAUAACAUUUUUAAAUUAAAAAAGAAAAAUGCAAAAGCAAUAUAUUAUUACAGAAAAUAAGUUAUCUGCAACAAAAAUGUUGAUACAAGUAUCUGUCAGAAAAUAAUUAGCCAAAGAAAAAUUAAAUCACAAUCAGUUGGUUCACAGUGCUAAAAUAAUCUCAUGAUUUCUUCUUACACUCAACACAAUAUAAAAUUAUCAGGGUUAUUCACUAAAGUCCCAAUGGCCCCAUACCAAAACAAACUGGUUAUGUAGAGGGCAAUUUGGCCAGCCAAUCCAGACAUUCUUCACACUAUCUAACAAUGUCUGGAUUAUGCUAAACAGGCUCCAAAAAGGUUGAAUUAGGUCUGAAUUUCACUUGUACUGAAAGCUGCAGGACAUCUGAAAUCCAGAUCUGAAUGCAUCAAAUCCAGGCCCGGAUUUAAAAAAAUCCGAUCUGUUUGGCCACUGGCAGAAAUAGCAGUGCUGUCACGUGUCCUUAAAGGGUUUAUCGUGUGGCAACUGAUCAGCGCAUUUUGGCAAAAAAACAAUAUUAAAGUAAAAAUAAAAUUAAAAAAAGACUACAUGGGUCAAUAUGACUCCCAUAUUACUAUAGGGAGGUUAUAACCCUCCCUUAUGCUCCUAUUCUAAUGCACCCCCAACCCACAUGUAGUCAGUUUGUGGAGUUAUUUAUUAAAUAGGGAGAACCAGGAAACAUAGUGUGUUUCCCAGCCCCCCUAAGGCAAUGGGUAGGGUCUCUAAAUGUAAUACAAGGGGUGUCUCCCCAGCCUACACCAAUGGGCUGCAGGUGUCCCUCCCCCAGCCCAACCCAUGUUCAAAAUAUGUCCACCCCCUAAACCCCCCAAACACUAUCCUAUUGUUACUCUUCCCUGGGUGACUAGGGGGUUCCUAGCCAAAACACAUUAAAAUAAACUAAUCCUAACUACCAAACCUAAUAAUAGUGAGGGGGCUAACUAAUACCUGUAGAAUGAAAAUAUAUACUUACCAUCAUAAGUCUCCUUUCUUCUAAAUCUUCUUUUCCUCAGCCCCAAAAAAGAUCAGGUUAAAAACCGUAAAAAACUUUACAUAAAUUAAAAUAACUUAAACACUUCCUCCCCACUAAAUCACAAAGAACCCUAUAAAAAACUAAAAACACCAUGCAACAAUAAAAUAGAUUAAUUUUUGUCCCGUGACUGCCAAGCCACUUGUUUUUUUAUUACAGUGAGACACUUCUAACAUUGUCUUGGAUUUCGUAUGUUUGGAUAAACUUUUAAAAUGAUGUAAUAUUGCAAAAUAAUUUGAUGUUUUGAUAAGAUAGAUUAUUUGAUAUUUUAACAUUUUGAAAAAACAAAUUUAAAAUGUUUUUUUUCAAAAAUAUUAAACCAUUUAAACAGCUUAUCCAAAAAUAUUAAAUCAAGGCAAUUUUCUUUAAACUGCAUGACAUUCACUCACUAUACACACAGAUUCAAACACAAUACAUUACAGAAAUAUGUGCAAACAUAUAUAUGUACAUAUUUAUAUGCAAUCAAAUAUCAAUAUAUUUGUUUUCUAGGGAUGUGGGGGGCAAAGGGGCACUUUAGAAUUUUGUGCCUAGGGAUAUGACACGUGCCUGGCUACAACUCAAAGAGAUUUGAAGCUAACACAGGAUUAUCUAUUUGGAAAUGUAUUAAAUUUAUUAUUGCAGUACAGAGGAAAAAAAUAAACAAUUAGCCACUACAAAUGAAAAAAAAGUAGAAAAACUGCAAAUAUUAUUAUAGUUUUCAUGCAUGUGUAAGCCUGUUUUUAAUUAAUAUUCUAAUUUUAGCUAAAACAAAAUCCUACAGUAAAUAACUUUCAUAAUGUGUAACUGUACUAGUUUGGUUUUCCAUUAAAAUGUAAAACAAAGUUUAAAAAUAAAGAAUACCAAUACGUUUUGUUUUCUUUCCCAGUGAUGAUGGAGUUUCCGUUUACUGUACAUUGGUGGAUAUCCCUAGGUAAAGAAUAGUUAAGUAAUGUAUGUUUGCAUUAACCUGAACUGAUGAAAAUACAUUUCACAUAUACAGGGCUGCAAUCAGGGCCCAAAAUGUGUAGUCAAGAGUAUGUUUCUAGUCAAGAGUGUUUUCAUGCAUCUGAGAAUUAUGUCUAAGUUUCUUUUGAAUUUUCUAGUGUGACUUUGGGGUUUGCUUUCCUCUCUUGGAGCACCCAGAUUGAAAUACUCCUUUUUAUCUUGUGUGCAUUCCUCGCUACUUGUAAAACUGUAUUUGUAUGCAUGAUUGGGAGUGUGUGCUGGAGGACCUUGCAAAAUGGAUUUUUUCACAAUUUCUGAUGGCCUUCCUGCAUGUGAAUUGAUAAAACCCCAAACAGAGAUAAUGAAUAAGAAUAACAUUGGGUUGAUAUGUGAUUGAUGCCUAUAAAUUAAAUAAUUAAAUUCAACUUGAGUGGUAUAAUGGUAGCAAGCUGGAUUACAAAGAGAGCAGGAGAACAAGAGGCUCUGCUUGCUUGGCAAUAACCAUAACUGAGGAGUUGCUGACAUUCACCGAAAGCCUCUGGAUUUGGAGAUUAGUCACCAGAGCUGUGGAUGAAUAUGUAUUUUACCAAGUUGACAGAGGGACAUGUAGCGCUGUUCCCAACUCUAAUUGGCUGUUCACAAACUAGAGAACCCAGCUGAUUCUUUUAGGUUGCCUUUACCAUUUCUAGGUGAGCUUGUUUCUUUAAAUAUCCAAUACUUUUAUCUUUUCAUGUCCCCAACAAAAUUUCUAAGAAAGUGACUAGACAAUUCCAAGUCAGGCAAAUCUUUCUCCACUGGUAGUCUAGUGAAAAUGCAAGUAGCUUUCUCUACAUGCUUAGUUGUUGCCAUCCACAUUGUCAUAAUGGAUACAUUUUAUUUAAUAGAAUGGAAUAAAAAUAGAAUGGCAGCGCCAAUAAUUAACCCUUAAAUGCAGUAAUAUAAAAACAAAUACAUCCUUACAUCAAAAUAGUCUUUCUUUUGUCAAAUAUCUCAAAAAUAAACAAAAUAGAUUAAUAUUAGUGUAAUAUGUUCCAACAAUAAAUAGGUUUUAACUUUAUAACAAGAGCUUACUCACACUUAAUGGAGCUUCUAAGAGCUCUGCUGUAUUCAGCAUGGAUGAUACAAUCCUAUCUUAUGAUCUAUAGUAAUCAGCAGUAAUGGUAGUUCUGUGAGAACAAUAUGUGAGGAUAAAACAAGGGAGAUCCAUUUAUUUUUUUACCACUUGUUAGAUGUUUCAUGGCAGUAGCAGAACCUGCUUACUAAACUUAGGGCCUUACAUUAAAAAAGGAAAUUGAACUAAAGAGUUAUAAAAAUCUAUUGGCAAAAUGUGCCAAAGGUGGAGACACGACAAACAAAUAGAAUUGAUUAAUAAAUGGGAAAAAUAAUUGCAAGUACAAAUACCAGAAGAAGAGUGGAUGAGUUUCCUAAACAAAUUAUAUAAAUAUAUACACUGUCUAAACCUUACUAAAACGCAAUUCAAACUCUCUAAUAGAGGGUACCUUACACCGAAACGUCUAAAGAAAAUGUCCCCUGAAUCAUCAGAUAGAUGCUGGAAAUGCAAAGUUAAUGAAGGCAAUUUGAUCCAUUUAUGGUGGCAAUGCACACCCAUAAACAAAUUCUGAGAAGAGGUAAUCAAUGCAAUAUAUCAAAUAACAGAAAUAAAAUUACUCUUAAAGCCUGAAGUGAUCCUAUUAAACCUGAAUUGGCCAAAAAUUACAAAAAAAUACACUAAUGUUAACGCUGCAUAUCAUCAUGGCAGCUAAAUUACUUUUAGCUCGAAAUUGGAAAACAGGGACAAUCAGAGGCACUCAAGAACUAAUUAUACAAGUCAUAUGGCAGGCAAAGAUGGAAGAUGGGUAUCUUGGUGAACUUAGGAAAUAGAUAUGCUCAACUAGAAGACUGGGACACAUAGAUUAACAAAAUGGAAUCGUUUACCUAGUAUAAAUCACUAUAGUGCUGAAUUUCCCUCUCAAGACCUCCCCAGCUCCCUGUUUUUUUUUUUUUUUUCCUUACUAUCUUUUCUCCUCUCUGACCACAGUGUGCAAUAAUCAACGAGAGCACAAUUUAUAUCCAGCUACAGGGAGGGGAGGGAACAGGGAAGAGGAGAGGAGAGGAGGAAACAGGAUGAAUGUAUAAAAUUCCCCAAAAGGGGCAGAUAAACAUAUUAAAAAAAAUAUUGUAAAGGAUGCAAGAUGAGCUCUCUGUCUCCAAAGCAAGUAGGGUAAACCAAGACUGAUAGACAGGAAUUCUCAAUAGAUUUAAUUUAUAAGGUGGGGAGGGGAGAUUCAGGGGUGGGGGGGGGGGAGGGGGGAAAACAGGGAGUUUAAUAAGAAACAUAGAAACACUUCAAUUUCAGAAUAUGUUCAUGAUGACAAGAGUACCAAGGCCUGAAUAACAGAUGCACCAGAAAAAAACAACAACAACAAAAACAGGCUGGUACGCAACUGAAAUAUAUGGAAAAAAAAAUAAAAAUAGGAAAAUCCAUCAAGGCCAUGUGGUUGUCAAUUUGUUCCUUUCAGACUAAUAAUUCCUACUGAGUUUCUGUAUAAAACGGAUGUUUUGACAUUGAUUGUCACAGCACUAGUUAAACAAGAGUAAAAAUUUUGUUUUUCUUGUAAUUUUCAAAAUGUAUAUGGAAACCAAUAUGCUGACUGUAGUUCUUGGAGUAUUGAUCAAUGAGCAUAAUGUAUAUAAAUGGAUGCAAUUCAUUUUUGAAUCACAUGUUAUCAUGUUAGCACAGUAACUUUCAAGCUUGAAAUCCAUGUAGUCUCAUUUAUUUUGUUUCCUUAAAAAAAAUUACUAUCUAUGUGUACUGAAACAAAAAAUAUAUUUAAACAUUGCUUUCCAGGACAGAAAAUAUUUGAAUUCUGGGGAUGGGGUUUUGCAAACUAUUUGGUACUGAGGAGAUUAAUCUGUAUUUUUUGGUUAAUCUGUAUGUUUGGUUUUAGCACCCAUGCUAAGAAAUGUAUGUUCUGGGUGUGCUUCCCAAUACCAUUUUUUUGGAAUUCAGACCAGAUUCCUUUUGGGUGAGAACUCUGCCCCUCCACUGAAGUUGCCCUUUUGGAAGUGAGCACAGGAGAGCAUACAUUUAAAUAUUAUCUCUGAAAGCAGUUUAAGCAGUAAGCAUUGCACAUAGCAUGUUAAUCUUCCAUGUCAAAAUUAGUGUAGGACCCACUGACGUUGGGGUACUGUGACGCAGUGAUGGGCUUAACACAAUAUGGCCAUAUGGUCUAGCAAAACCCCAUAUUUGUUUGCUACGAUAAGUGAUUUUAAAUAACCUUGUAAGAUUUAAAACUGUAUUUUUGUACGUGCUGUUCCUUCAACUGUAUUAUGUAUAUAUUUUAGUCUUUACAGUGGUACACCUGCUGUAAAAUGCAUAUCCUCUGUAUGCUCCAAUUCAUUUUAUUCUGUGUCUAAAAUCAUGAGUCUAAUACAUGUGUUUUAUUCCAUCUGUGCCUUAGUUUGUUAUUCUUUUAUGAAGCCAGUUGUUCUAACAUCUGUUGUCAUUUCUAUGCAAUAUGUAAAGAACGUGAGAAGCUGCCAUAGGAAAAGGAUGAAAAUGGGAGGAUGUAUAGUACCAUCUAGUGUCGACAUAUCAUAUUAUACCUAUUAUAUGAAUAGAGAUUAUUUUGGAGAACAGGUUUCUCUGAACUUCCUCAUCCUCGCUCUAUUGCAAGUCCUAGGGAUUCGGUUAUUUGUGAUGUACUGUGUGUCAGGUGAUCAUUUUGAUCACUGUUCAAAUUUCACAUUGCUGCAGUAAACAUAUCUCAGCAUUAAAAUGUUUUCAUAGAAAGUCUAACUAUAAAAUAAUACAAGUGCAUGUGCAUUCUUGAUAUGUGUUGUAUAUUUUACAGCACAUACAUGUGCUGCUAGAUAUCUUGUCCAAUCAAGAGGUAGCAAAAACAUAUUCACAGGUCAAGUCACAACUGUCCAAUAAAAGGAAAAAUAAGUAAAAAAAAUAAUUUAACAGUUGUGGCGCUUUUAUCAGCUUCUACCAACUGCAUCAGCCAUGCACUACAAUGAAAGUCAUUUGAAAAAAAGGGGGGAGCAGCUGCAGCAGGAUUCAUUUCAUUUCACAUGGUUUUAUUAAAAAGAAAUGUAAGGAAAAAGUGAAUGGGCAAUUGGUGACCCUCUCACCUGCCCCACCAUUUUAUUUAUUUUUUUAUAAAUCCCUUUUUUUCAAAUUAAAUAACUCUAUCUGCUCCUAGAGCUCUGUUUGUAUAAAACACCUACAGGAUUGUCACUGAUGUUCCAGACUGGAUGUAUGGGAAUGCUUUGUUCUUGUCAGGGUGAAAGGGAUAAGUGGAUUGUCAUUUGUCCACUGCCAUUUUCUUUUUUUUUAUUCCUUUUUUUCUACUCAAAAUGGCUCCUGCUGCAGCUGUUCUCCAUUUUACAUUAAUACAGUAUUGCAAAAGAAAAAAAAGAUUACAAACAAACAUUAUACAACAAAGUUCUUUUGUCUCCUAUUUUUUUUUUUAAUCCAAUAUAUAAUAAUCUAAUUUUGACAACUCAGAAUGAGCAUUGUGAAAAUUGCUGAUAUUGCGUAGCCAUGUUAGCACAGUAAUAGUUCUCUUUUUUUCCCGCCGUUCUGGUUGCCUUAAUGGCAUUCCCAAAGUUUUCUCUGUACCAAAAAUCAGCCAAACCAAACAGCAGCUUAAAAGCUUUUGCCCUGCAUAAUUCUAAUAAUGAUGAUGCCAUUCCCCUGUGUGGUGAAAUCUUGGAGUCAGACUAACCCUAGUAUUGGGAUGUAAUAGUGGCAUUUUGGAGAGAAUCAAGCUUAAAUUAGCAAUUAAAUGCAAAAGGUUUUAACUCUGUGCCAGCAUGCAUGCAAAUGGUGUGGAUUUCAGUAAAAUCACUUCCAAAAAAAGCGAAUACAUGCACUGGAAAUGCCACUAACUGGGAAAAUUCAGUAGAAGUCUGUGUUUGUAAGUAUGAGGAGAAGUAUACAUGUUAGCUAGGAUUUGAAUGCAAACAUCACUCUCUUUUUAUACCACAAACAUACUAUUAAUCAGUGAAGUGUGUUGUUUUAACAUAAAGGGGCAGAAAACUGGAUACACUGACAUAGUCUCCCAGGAUGUGCUCUAGUUACAAAAUGUUGCUCUCCUUUUUGCCCAUAACAGUUUAAAAGAAACACAAAGAUAUUGCAAUAUUUCAUUAGCAUGCUUCUGUUACAUAAUAUUAAAUUGUAUAAACUAUAACUGUGAAAGAAUAGCAUUUUAUUCUGUGAAGAUUGUUUGUAUCAAUUCUAAUUCUGUUUUUUUUUUUUUGUAGGUAUUGGUUUGAGCACAAUGAUCUGUGGAGGACAAAUCCUUGCUUAUCUUCUCUAUAGAGACAACUAUAUCUAUCCAGUCCUUGAUGAUUUCUAAGUCCUGAGGUCCUAAAUGAUUUAUUGAAACUACUGAUUCAAUGGAUAUAGAAAGUUUAUUUAUUUUUAAAUAAUUAUCUAAACUUGUUUACAGUCAGCUAAAAGGAUGUCUUUUUUAUGACUUUGCUUUCUGUUUUAAAAAACAGAGUGCCUUUUUUUUUUGUACCGAAAACUGUUUACAAAUACACAAUUAUAGUAUAUGUGCAAAGCAUGAAAGUUAGUUGGCUAUCACUCCAGUAGAUGUACAACAAAACAUCAAAAGAAAAUGUAAAAAUCAUGUAAUAUAUAUAAAUAUAAUGUGUUCUGGAUCCAUCAGUUACAUAAUUUAUUGAUAAUGCAUGCUACACUGUCAUGUAUGGCAUGUUUCAGCUACAUUUCUCCUAUUAUACAGCAUUGCAGAAUUUGUUGGGACUUGAUUAAAAAAAAAUAAUAAUAAUAAUAAUUUAUGAAAGCUGUUUGAUUUAAAAAAAAAUGGUGGUAGUUUACCCAGAGCUCUCAGCCUAUAAUUGUCAUGAGAUUGAAUUGCACUUGCUAAUGCAGAAGUGUAGUUUAAGCAUUCUCAAUGCAGAUAAAGAUUAGACCUCCACGAUUUUUGUCAUACUGCUCCAAAUACACAAAAAAAAUAAAAAACAGAACUAUGCAGCACUUAUAUGCUUACAGCACCAUUGCCACUAUGAGUGCCCCUUUAGGGCAGUUUUAGCAUUUUCUGAGGCAUGCCAAUGGGAUUGUAGCUAAAUGGUCCUUAUUCAGAAAGAUAAUCUGAAACAAAAAUCUAACUUCUACAAUGACAUUCCAUUGUCUCUAAAUCUUCACAUUGUAUGGGGCUGCAGAUCGAAAAUAUUAUUACAUGGAGGAAUUCUCCCCCUUUAUUUUUUAGAUAUUGUUAAUACAUUGAAUUGGGAC